AUGGAUGGACUUUCUCUGCAGGUCUUGGUCCUUCUGCCUGUGAGUGUGAUGGUAGCAGUUAUGCGUUCUCAUUUUACACAAGACCUUUGGCCAGAUCAGAGCAUGAAAGAUUGUUUCCAAGAAGUAAUACUGAGAACAUAUACAAGAUGUGGACAAAAGAAUUUACAAUUAAGAAAAUAUUGUAAAAGUGCCAAUGAGUGUAAGAUGCAUCAAGAAGGUUAUAAUAAACUUAACUAUUGUAGGACAACUGCCCAGAGAAAAAUAUUUCAGUGUAACAAAUACAUGAAAGUCUUUCAUAAAUAUUCAAAUUCAAAUAGAAAUAAGGUUAGACACACUAAAAAGAAAACUUUCAAAUGUAUAAAAUGUAACAAAUCAUUUCUCAUGCUUUCACACUUAAUUCAACAUAAGAGAAUUCAUACUAGAGAGAAUAUCUACAAAUGUGAAGAACGUGGCAAAGCCUUUAAAUGGUUCUCAACCCUUAUUAAACAUAAGGUAAUUCAUACUGAAGACAGACCCUACAAAUGUAAGAAAUGUGGCAAAGCCUUUAACUUCUCUUCAGCGUUCACUAAACAUAAGAUAAUUCAUACUGGAGAGACAUUCUUCAGAUGUGAAGAAUGUGGCAAACCUUUUAACCAGUCCUCAAAUCUUACUGACCAUAAGAGAAUGCAUACUGGAGAGAAAAUCUACAAACGUGAAGAAUGUAGCAGAGCUUUUAAGGGGUCCUCAAAUUUUAAUGAACGUAAGGUAAUUCAUACUGCAGAGAAACCCUACAAAUGUGAAGAUUGUGGCAAAACUUUUAACCAUUUCUCAGCCCUUAGAAACCAUGAGAAAAUUCUUACUGGAGAGAAACCCUACAAAUGUGAAGAAUGUGGUAAAGCUUUUAAGUGGUCCUCAAAACUUACUAUACAUAUGGUAGUUCAUACUGGAGGGAAACCCUGCAAAUGUGAAGAAUGUGGCAAAGCUGUUAGCCAGUCCUCAACACUUAAAAAACAUAAGAUAAUUAAUACUGGAAAGAAACCCUACAAAUGUGAAGAAUGUGGCAAAGCUUUUAAUAGUUCCUCAACCCUUAUGAAACAUAAGAUAAUUCAUACUGGGAAGAAACCAUACAAAUGUGAAGAAUGUGGCAAAGCUUUCAGGCAAUCCUCACACCUUACUGGACAUAAAGCAAUUCAUACUGGAGAGAAACCUUACAAAUGUGAAGAAUGUGGCAAAGCUUUUAAGCAUUUCUCAACCCUUAGAAGACAUAAGAUAAUUCACACUGGAAAGAAACCCUACAAAUGUGAAGAAUGUGGCAAAGCUUUCAGCCAGUCCUCAACCCUUAGAAAACAUGUGAUAAUUCACAGUGGAGAGAAACCCUACAAAUGUGAAGAAUGUGGUAAAGCUUUUAAGUAGUCCUCAAAACGUACUGUACAUAAGGUAAUUCAUACUGCAGAGAAACCCUGCAAAUGUGAAGAAUGCGGCAAAGCUUUUAAGCAUUUCUCAGCCCUUAGAAAACAUAAGAUAAUUCAUACUGGAAAGAAACCCUACAAAUGUGAAGAAUGUGGCAAAGCUUUUAACAAUUCCUCAACCCUUAUGAAACAUAAGAUAAUUCAUACUGGAGAGAAACCCUACAAAUGUGAAGAAUGUGGCAAAGCUUUUAACAAUUCCUCAACCCUUAUGAAACAUAAGAUAAUUCAUACUGGGGAGAAACCCUACAAAUGUGAAGAAUGUGGCAAAGCUUUUAACAAUUUCUCAACCCUUAUGAAACACAAGAUAAUUCAUACUGGGGAGAAACCCUACAAAUGUGAAGAAUGUGGCAAAACUUUUAAGCAUUUCUCAGCCCUUAGAAAACAUAAGGUAAUUCAUCUGGAGAAACCCUGCAAAUAUGAAGAAUCUGGCAAAGCUUUUAGCCAGUCCUCAACCCUUAGAAAACAUGAGAUAAUUCAUAGUGGAGAGAAACCCUACAAAUGUGAGGAAUGUGGUAAAGCUUUUAAGGGGUUGUCAAAACUUACUGUACAUAAGAUAAUGCACACUGGAGAGAAACCCUGCAAAUGUGAAGAAUGUGGCAAAGCUUUUAAGCAUUUCUCAGCCCUUAGAAGACAUAAGAUAAUUCAUACUGCAAAGAAACCCUACAAAUGUGAAGAAUGUGGCAAAGCUUUUAAGCAGUCCUCACACCUUACGAGACAUAAAGUAAUUCAUACUGGGGAGAAACCCUACAAAUGUGAAGAAUGUGGCAAAGAUUUUAACAAUCCCUCAACCGUUAAGAAACAUAAGCUAAUUCAUACUAGAGAGAAAUUGUACAAAUGUGAAGAAUGUGGCAAAGCUUUUAACAAUUUCUCAGCCCUUCUGAAACAUAAGAUAAUUCAUACCGGGGAGAAACCCUACAAAUGUGAAGAACGUGGUAAAGCUUUUAAGUGGUCCUCAAAACUUACGGAACAUAAGGUAAUUCAUACUGGUGAGAAACCCUGCAAAUGUGAAGAAUGCGGCAAAGCUUUUAAGCAUUUUUCAGCCCUUAGAAAACAUAAUAUAAUUCAUACUGGAAAGAAACCCUACAAAUGUGAAGAAUGUGGCAAAGCUUUUAACAAUUCCUCAACCCUUAUGAAACAUAAGAUAAUUCAUACUGGGGAGAAACCCUACAAGUGUGAAGAAUGUGGCAAAGCUUUUAACAAUAUCUCAACCCUUAGGAAACACAAGAGAAUUCAUACUGGGGAGAAACCCUACAAAUGUGAAGAAUGUGGCAAAGCUUUUAACAAUUUCUCAACCCUUACUAAACAUAAGAUAAUUCAUUCUGUAGAGAAACCCUACAAAUGUGAAGAAUGUGGCAAAGCAUUUAACCAGUCUUCACACCUUACUAGACACAAAACAAUUCAUACUGGAGAGAAACCCUACAAAGGUGAAGAAAAAUGUGGCAAGGCUUUUAACCAUCCUUCAACCCUUACUAAACAUAAGAUAAUUCAUACUGGGGAGAAACCCUAAAAAUGUGAAUAAUGUGGCAGAGCUUUCAACCAUUUUACAAACCUUAAUACACGUAAGAUAAUUUAUACUAGAGAAGACCGCAUGUGUGAAGCAUGUGGCAAAACUUUUAACCAGUCCUCAAGCCUUACUAGACAUAAAACAAUUCAUACUGGAGAGAAACCCUACAAAUGUAAGGAAUGUGGCAAAACUUUUAACCAAUCCUCAAAGCUUACUAGACAGAAAACCAUUCAUACUGAAGAGAAACCCAUCAAAUAUGAAGAAUGUGGAAAAGCCUUUAACCAGUCCUCACACCUUAAAUACACGUAA